UUCACCUUCUUCUUUGAUUGGACGUCUUUACAAACCACACACAAAUAUAUAUAUAUAAAAAUAUUAUCAUGAGUAAUCUUAACUGGUGUACCUUUUGCGACAAUGCAGUCAGUGCAUUUUCGAAUUCUCUCUACUGCUCUGAAGACUGCCUUCGCUCAGACGCUCUAAAUCGCCACCCUCUAUUGGGAUACGACUAUGCAGAACUCAAGGAUUUCCCUCGUUCAUCAUCACCAACCCUAUCCUGCACUUCCCCUCGUUCUCAUUCUUUACAAUCACCACAACGAUCAAGAUCACAAUCAUCUUCUGUACAGUCGACACCAAUAUCAUCUCCAGUUAUCCUGUCGACUUCUUCUUGCUCGUCUGUAUCGUCUGGAUCAACAGUAUCGUCUCCAAAUAUGUCUCCAAUUCCAUCAUACACCUUACCAUUACCACAAGGAAAGCCAACAAACUACUCCUUUCACUGUCUAUCUCCACCAGCCUUUGACCUCAACCCAAUAAUCCAUCACCACAAGGAAGCCUUUCCCACUUCACCAAAGAGACGAGCCGUCUUUUAUCUCUAACUUUUUCUAUAUAAUCUCAUCUGUCUUUACAUAACAUUUUCAUCAUCAUUUUCAUCAAUCAUCUUGGCUUGCAUUUCUUACUUUUUACUUGUUAUUUAUAUCCCCUCCCCUAUCAUUCUCUCUUUUAUAUAACAUAUAUAAUUUUCAUCUGUCAAAAUAACCAACUCAAAAAAAAAUCAAUAUUCCCUCCCCCCUCUAUCUAUCUCACAACCUCCUUUGUAUAUAUUUAUAUAUAAAUAAACCAACCAACCAACCAACC